UAUCUUCACUGACUGACAACUGGACUGACCAGAUAACGGGCAGACGUACGGCUAAAGUAGGGAAGCAGUAACAUUUUAAGCUAAAAUUUUGUUAUCUGAUAAAGUAAUGAGGGAGACAAUGAAAUAGUUAGUUAACCCUGGUUCAUAUGGAACAUACAGAAGUUGCCUCGGUGAAAAUGGACAAGGAUUUCGACGACAUAGACUCAGAAGGCCGGUGGCGAAAACUGUACUCCGAAAUCCGGAAUCAGUCCCACGAGUGCUCGUACAAAGUAGCGAAAUAUCCGGAGAAUCGCAACAGGAACAGAUACCGAGACGUCAGUCCAUUCGAUCACAGCAGAGUCAAGCUAGAGAACACAGAAAAUGACUACAUUAAUGCAAGUCUGGUGGUGAUGGAGGAAGCGCAGAGAAGUUACAUACUAACUCAGGGCCCCCUUAGGAAUACCUGUGGCCACUUUUGGCUCAUGAUCUGGGAACAGAAGACCAAAGCAGUCAUCAUGCUCAACAGGGUGAUAGAGAAAGGAUCGGAAAAAUGUGCGCCGUACUGGCCCACGGCUGAGGAGAAAGAGAUGGCGUUUAAAGACACGUGUUUCUUGGUGACGCUGAUAUCCGAGGACAUCAAGUCUUAUUACACCACCAGAAUACUGGAGCUGCAGAAUCUGAGUACUGGAGAGAAGAGGAAAAUCUACCAUUUCCAUUAUACCACAUGGCCUGAUUUUGGAGUUCCAGAGUCUCCGGCGUCUUUUCUUAAUUUCCUCUUUAAAGUGCGGGAGUCGGGAGCACUGGAGGUGGACCACGGGCCGGCCGUGGUCCACUGCAGCGCCGGGAUCGGACGCUCUGGGACAUUUUCAUUAGUUGAUACAUGCCUGGUCCUCAUGGAAAAGAGGAAAGAACCGUUCUCAGUGGAUAUCAAAAGCAUCCUCUUGAAUAUGAGGGAGUAUCGCAUGGGUCUGAUCCAGACGCCUGAUCAGCUUCGUUUCUCCUACAUGGCUGUCCUUGAGGGAGCAAAGCUCAUUAGGGGGGACGCGUCCAUUCAGAACCAGUGGCGGGAAUUAUCCAGGGAAGAUCAGGAACCAGCUGUGGAGCCUCCAGCUUUAACUCCGACCCAAGCCAGGUCUCCCACAGAGCAAUACAACGGAAACCAACGAGGAGGUCAACCAGAGACGGGAGGAGAGUACAGACUGGACUGCAAAGAGCCAUCACAAUCUCCCUUCAAAGAACAGGAACUGGACGGCAACACAACACAUAAACGACGCAGAGAAGACAGUAUUUCCAAAUCUGGAACCACCAAGACACCCCAAAGCAAGUCCAGGACAAAUGACUCAGAGAGGAAGAGGAAAAGUUUGGGAUGCAUUUGCUGCACAUGACGACAGCUGGCCUGUCCAGUGGGGGGAAAUGUAUAUUCACCCCCCUCUGCGGCAGCAACAACACCAACAACAACCAAGAGGAACAGAUUUAGAGGAAGAUGUUUACCUGCUGCUUUUAAAAUCCAACACCUGUUGUACGUGGAGGUGUGUGUGUGUGUGUUUGGCGUCUGCUGUGCCCUUGUCGGUGUUGGGGUUGAUUUUUGCUUGGCUCCUGUGGUUUAGAGUUGUGUUAUUGCUGGCUGCGCUCGAGCAUGAGUGUGUGUGUGAGAGGUGUGAACGUUGUGGUGAAGGAUUUUUUCUUUUUCUUUUUAAAGGUCAUGAAACUGAAAACAGUUGGGGUUUAUGUUGUGCAGCAUAUAUUCAAAUUUGGCUGCAACGUGCAAAGGCAAAGAGUGCACAACCAAAUUACAUUCACAGUCAGUUCCCUCUGCAUUUGAAGGAGACAUUCUUUGUAUUUUGUUGGUAAGUGAUUACCUCGGGACAGAAAAUCUUUAAUUAUUCAUUUGCCAUAAGAAAUUGUCCCCAACAGUGCUAAUGAAGAGGUCAAAUGUGAGUUUUGGUCCGAGUGAAGGCUUCUUUAACUGUUUGUUGCAUGGGUCUGUGUUUUCAGUGCAGCUCCAAACUUCCUGUUUUUAUCAUCUUUGUCAUUUUUACUCAUAACUUUUGGGUAAUUCCUGCAUUUGUUGCAUUGUGGAGUCUACAAAAAACCUGCUUUUGUUGUGUUUUAGUAAGCAAGAAAAUGGAGCUUUGGGAAGCUUUUUUUGUGUGUGUGUGUGGGUGUGUGCCUAUGGCUUCACUUUUCAAAUGGUUUGUAAAUACUGAAAAAGUAAAAGCCUUAAGGUAUGCUUUUAUUGUUUUAUUAAACUCUCAAGCCUGUAACAAAGACAAUCUCCUUUGCCAUAAAGGAGUGAAAGUCAGUUGUGACUGAACUGGUUUGAUUUCCAAGAACCGAGUAAUUGUACAUUUUGUAAAUCUUGUGCGACUCGCACAGGGCUCCAGACUAACUUUUUUCACUAGGAGCGCUGGGGCUCCUAAA